AUGGACUGGCCUGAGGUCUCACUACAAACAAGCGGCUGCUGGAAGAGAGUAGGUGAGUUGUGUUUAGUCUCUUUGCUAAAGAAAUGAGUCAAAGUUAAAAAGAUGUUUGGUGUCUAGUACUAUGUCUGUGACCCUAUAUGUCCUGUUGAUGAAGUUAGGUGCUGUUCUGAGCAUUAUUUGUGGCUAUAGAGUGGCGUUUGGUUGAGGUUUGUUUAUGGCUCCUCAGACCACUGUGUAUUACUAUCCUGCGGUCGUUACUAAAGUUGGUAUAACUAGAGAAGAAAGCAGUCGGCAACAUUCAUCUCUGGAGGGGGGGUCUAACUCUGUGUUACUGUGUGUUUGACCCUAAAUAAAAAAUUUUAUGAUCCUUUUAAAGCCAAAUUUAAACUGGAGUUUCUUUAGUUCUGUUUACUCAAAACUGUUAAAAGUUCCUCCAUGACAAACCUCAUAAAUCAGGUUAAGUUAAAGAUUACAUGUGCUGUGAAUGACCACAAGAUGGUGCUGUUUGAUCUGCUGAAACAUGGCAAACCAAUACAAAGGCAGUGUUGAACCUGGAGCUGCGAUGCAUCUUAAAGAGAUUGAAAAAAGAAAUAAACAACAGACUGAUAUUUCAAACAUAAAUGUAAAACCAGGGGAAAAACAGACCUUAACGUAAAGACCAAAGAAACAGAGUGAAACAGAUCCCUAAAGGAGACUUUUAACGGCUGCUACGAGGUUUCCUUUAGUCCUCCGUAAAGUUACACUGAGACCAGCUGGACCAUGAACUGAUAAUUAGGGUAACUUUGAAAGUGACCUUAAAACAUACAAGAAACAAGACAACAGACCUGAAAACUCUCCUUUAGGUCAUGGGAAACUUGACAGUCAGGACAGAUCAUGGUCAGCUCAGAGGAAGACCGCUGACCGCUGAGUUCCUGUUCUCUCUUCUCUCUAAAAAUCUUCUCAGGUGGAGUCAGUGUGAAGAUGGAGACCGUUAUAAGCAGCUGUCUGUUAGUCUUCAUCCUGGGCUGUAACCUCUCUGAAGGUAAGACUUCAACAAUGUCUAAAACCUGAACAGAAUAAAAAGUUAAAGUUAGAUGAACUUUAAAACUCAUUAAAAACUCUUUCAAUUAUACGCUGAAAAUGUUAUCAUAGUUGUUGGUUUAUAGAUAAAAAAAGAUGUAUUUAACAAGGUAACCACCACUUUUUGAAUAUUUGAUUUAUAAAUGUUAAAAAUCUGAUCAAAUUGGUUUUCAAAUCUUUACUUGUGUUUCUCUUGCAGCAGUCAAACAUGAAAUAGUCCAGGAAAGGACAUACAUGUCUCUGCACUGUCCUCAGUCUGUGGUUGGUGAAGUGACCUGGAGCAGAGAGAAGGAUGGAGUCAGAACUGACAUCCUUACAGCUGAUAGUGACAGGGACAUAAAACACAUUCAUGACCCGUAUAAAUAUUACAGUUCAGGGGCAGAUAAAUCUCUUCUAAUAACAAAAGUUCGGCUCACAGACAGUGGACGAUAUUUCUGUAACAGUGAAGCAGCUGUGGAUCUGACCGUGGUCCCUGAAGGUAACAUCAAACUUUCUUCUUCUGUUUCUAUUUGUUUGUUUUUUAUCUUUGACUGAUGACACUUCAGGUUUAGUGUUUAGUACAGAUGUUAUUCUGAUUUUUCUUGAGGUUUAAAAACUGAAUUCACUGACCUGAUCUUUUCUCUCUCAUAAACCUGAAUCUUUCUUCUGCACAGGAACUCUUAUUCUCGAUGCUAAAGAGAGGACCGAUGUCACUCUGAACUGCUCUUCUGAUGCUGGAGGAUCAGCUGAUCCAACAUGGAGCACAGGCUCUGGUGAAAAAAACACAAGGGGACGGUUUUAUGUUUCAUCAGCUGACAGGACUUUGAAGAUCAAAAGAGUGAAGCCCGCUGACUCUGGACUUUACUACUGUGAUGGAAAAGCUGCUGCUUAUCUGAGAGUGAUGGAAGAGGAUCAGUCUGAGGGAGGUGAGAGACCAGAACUCAGAGAGGAAAUCAAGUUUCUACAGUACGAAACAGUCAUUUCUGUUUUCUUCAUCCUGUUUUAUUAUUAACUUUAGGUAAAAAGACAGAAACCAAGACAACAAACAGAGAGAAAACAGAGAGAAUGACAGAAACUGUACCAAUAAGACCACCACCAACAGACGGAGACAGGACAACAACAGAGGAAACAGAGAGAACGACAACAACACAACACACAGACAGUAAGUCAACCCUGGUUUUAAUAUUGGAGAAGUAUUUAUUAAAACAUGUUCAGUCUGCUCAGAUCUCAGAGAGGAAAUCAAGUUUCCGCAGCACUAAACAGUCAUUUCUGUUUUCUUCAUACUGUUCUAUAAUUAACUUUAGAUGAAAAGACAAAAACCACGACAACAAUUCAGCCUGAGACAAAGAGAGAGGAAACAGAGAGAACGACAGAAACUGUACCAAUAAUUACACCACCAACAGACGGUGAUACGACCACGACAGAGGAAACAAAGACAAAAACAACACAACACAAAGACGCAAAGGACACCAACAGUAGGUCACUACUGGUUUUAAUAUUGGAGAAGUAUUUCAUAAAAAUGAUCAGUCUGAAGAGAAACACUCAGAGACACCGUCUGAGUUCAACUUGUACUAAAAUAAAACUGUUGAGGUUUUUGUCAGAUAUGGAAAGUCACACAUCUCUGCGGUUUCAGCUGUGAGGAACACGCUGCUAAACAAUUAACCACAAUGCAUCAGUGAAGGACUUCUGAAAAAGUGACAUUUAGUUCAAGUUUUGCAGUUCAUGAUAACUGUACUUUAGGAAAUAUUUAGUGAUUCGCUACAGAAGAUUCAAAAUCUAAACAUCAUUUUUAUUCAUGAAAUGUAUGAAUUAAACAUACGUGAACAACCUGCAUGUUGUUAAAUUUUCGGAAGACAAACAUCUACAAACCCGACUCCACCGUUAACAUCAGAGGGGUCCUCAGAGACCUGCUGUUUGACUGAAUAAUGACACUAAAGUCACUCUGACUGUCUGAUGGUGAAUGUUUCUUUGUCCUUCAGAUGCUCCUCACCUGUUUCACGUACCUGUUCGUCUUGGGUUUGUGAUUCUCUAUUUAACAGUCCUGAUCGGAGUCCUGGUGUUUACCUGGAUUAAAGGUGAAUGUGGUUUGUUGUGAGUCUGAAAUAGUUCUGUAUUCCUAAAACUAGAAACAUACUCAUUAAAAAUGAUUAAAUUUGGGGUGUUGGGCACUCUGGUGUCCCUCUGGCUUAAGUCUGACUCAGAAGCAUAAACCGGUCUUCCCUGGCCCCCCUUCUUUCAUAGUCUUCCCCCUUUCACUCUCUCUUCUGCUGGAUUCAGCUGGGCCCAUGUAAACAAGGAUUUAAACUGGAUCACUUCAUUUUAAGUUCAUGUAUACAGGUCACAUCUGAUUCACUUAAAACGAUUAUUUUUAAUCGUAUUGGGGAAAAUGUUGCUUAUAAACGCAGAUAUUAACAGCUCAGUUCAAGUGUAGAGCUGACAAACUACACAGUCUACAAAUGUCCACUAGAUGGCGCUGUUUCUAUUGGCACAACUUUACCGUCAAUGAAAAGAAAGGUGUCUCCUAAAAUGAUCACUAACUUAGAUACUGACCCUGUAUAAGAAUAAAUAAGAGAAGAAAGAUGGUUACAAAGAAAUCCUCCAUGUUUGUCUUCUGUCUUUCACAGUUGGACAGAUGAAGAAGAAGAGACUCAGCAGAAAAGUCUCCACAGAGUCUCUCUGA